GAAGAGGGGCCAGAAUUCCUCAGAUUCCCUCAGUUUCCCUCAAAUUUCCCUCAGUUUCCCUCAGGUUCCCUAAGGUUCUCUCAGGUUCCCUCAAGUUUCCCUCAGUUUCCCUCAGAUUCCCUCAGUUUCCCUCAAAUUUCCCUCAGUUUCCCUCAGGUUCCCUAAGGUUCUCUCAGGUUCCCUCAAGUUUCCCUCAAGUUUCCCUCAGGUUCCCUCAAGUUCCCCCAGUUUCCCUCAGGUUCCCUCAGGUUCCCCCAGUUUCCCUCAAGUUUCCCUCAGGUUCCCUCAGUUUCUCUCAAGUUUCCCUCAGGUUCCCCCAGUUUCCCUCAGGUUCUCCCAGUUUCCCUCAGUUUCCCUCAGGUUCCCCCAGUUUCCCUCAGGUUCUCCCAGUUUCCCUCAGGUUCCCUCAGUUUCCCUCAAGUUUCCCUCAGUUUCCCUCAAGUUUCCCUCAGGUUCCCCCAGUUUCUCUCAGGUUCCCUCAGGUUCCCUCAAGUUUCCCUCAGGUUCCCCCAGUUUCUCUCAGGUUCCCUCAGUUUCCCUCAGGUUCUCCCAGUUUCCCUCAGGUUCCCCCAGUUUCCCUCAGGUUCCCUCAGUUUCCCUCAAGUUUCCCUCAGGUUCCCCCAGUUUCCCUUAAGUUCCCCUAGUUUCCCUCAGUUUCCCUCAGGUUCCCCCAGUUUCCCUCAAGUUCACCCAGUUUCCCUCAGGUUCCCCCAGUUUCCCUCAGGUUCCCCCAGUUUCCCUCAAGUUCCCCCAGUUUCCCUCAGGUUCCCCCAGUUUCCCUCAGGUUCCCUCAGUUUCCCUCAGGUUCCCUCAGUUUCCCUCAGUUUCCCUCAGGUUCCCUCAGGUUCCCCCCAGUUUCCCUCAAGUUCCCCCAGUUUCCCUCAGGUUCCCUCAGUUUCCCUCAAGUUUCCCUCAGUUUCCCUCAGGUUCCCUCAGUUUCCCUCAGGUUCCCUCAAGUUCCCCCAGUUUCCCUCAGGUUCCCCCAGUUUCCCUCAAGUUCCCCCAGUUUCCCUCAGGUUCCCUCAGUUUCCCUCAAGUUUCCCUCAGGUUCCCUCAGGUUUCCUCAAGUUGCCUCAGUUUCCUUCAGGUUCCCUCAAUUUCCAUCAGGUCCCCUCAGGCUCUGCCAGUUUCUCUCAUGUUCCCCCAGGUUCUGUCAGCUCUCCUGAGACCACAGCAACUGCAGAAGCUGAAGACAUUUCCAGAAGUUCAAGCUUCCACCCUCUGCAGGUCCCCACUGAGCUGGGACCCAGGUCAUCCACCCCACCCCAAAUCCCUGGAUAGGAAACCCCUUUCUCCUCCUGCUCCUUGUCCCCUUCAUCCCUGCCCCCCAGCAUCCUACUGGCCCCAGCACCUGUGGCCAGACCGUCCAAGAUCCUCUGAAGGCCCAGCUCUUGCUGUCCACCCCGGCAGUAGGCAGGCAGCCUGGCCAUGUGCCCUCCGGUCAGUGUGCGGUAUGAGGAAGAGGGCAUGUCCUACCUCUACGCCUCCUGGAUGUAUCAGCUUCAACAUGGAGAUCAGCUAAGCAUUUGCUUCACCUGCUUCAAGGCUGCCUUUCUAGACUUUAAAGACUUGCUGGAGUCAGAGGACUGGGAAGAAGACAACUGGGACCCUGAGCUGAUGGAGCACACUGAGGCAGAGUCGGAGCAGGAGGGGUCCUCAGAGAUGGAGCUGAGCUUGGGGCAGAGCCCAGGACAGCCUGUGCAGGGGGGCUCUGAGGCAUGGGGGCCAGGGACCCUGGCAGCAGCCCCAGAAGGGUUGGAAGAUGCAGGUCUGGACCCCCACUUCGUCCCCACUGAACUAUGGCCUCAGGAGGCUGUGCCCCUGGGCCUGGGCCUUGAAGAUGCUGACUGGACCCAGGGUCUUACCUGGAGAUUUGAGGAGUUUCUUACCUGCUCACACUGGCCAAGCUUCUUUCCUUCAUAGCAGGGGUUUCUCAAAGUGGACCUGCCCCCAGGGGAGACCAUGGUGUUGAAGCUGGGCAUUACCUGGGCAGUGGACCCUGCCGAGGCUGAGGCCUAGUUACUGGCCCUGCAGCUUGUCUCCAUGGUGGGCUGCUAUGAUACCAUCUACCUACAGAAGAUGACCCCAGACAGGGCCCUGAGGACCCCAGGGCAGCACUGGAAAUUGCUGCUGGAGCCUGGUGAAGUGUGGGUGGUGAGACUCCAAGAUGCACCCCAAGAGCAGGACCUGCACUGGUGGACGCUGAGCAUUCUAGAAACAUCGUUAACAGGACACAGGGCAGAGCUGGUCCCUGCAGCCUCAGCCCUGCAGAAGAGGAUUCACCAUAGUCUCUUAUUCACCCUGGACCAACAGGGAGAGCAAGAAGGGAGACUCAGCCUGUAAGCCACAGUCCUCCAGCCAAGAACAGGAUCUCAGCACCCCUGAGACACAGAGCAGGGGUCCUGAGGAAAGCCUGGUUGUUGCAGGAGCCUCGGCCAUGGGGCAGCUGCCCUGUUUCCAGCCUCAGUCCAGGGCCCCAGAACUGAGAGACUAAGGCUUAUGUAGCUGCCAUUGUCCUGGGCACACCAGGACAUCAUAGACUGGGAAGGGCCAGCAAUUGCUAUUCCACAACAGCCAGGGGAGCAGUUGGCAAAGGAAACAUGGGGAGCAACUUUAGGGGCUGGGAGAUAGGGCCUGUUGUGGCCUCAGAGGGAAGCAUUACAAAUAUUCAUAACCUGGAAACAAGUUCUUGCCAGUUGAUUGUCACAUAGUUCUGGAUGUGUUGGCCUGAAUGGCUGUUGUGCUGCUUGUGACAUGGGGGGCAGGGCACAGAACUUGUGCCUAUUUCACCUUGGCCAUGGGGAGGGACAUUGCUUGUAAAACACAUGCUCUGCAGGACACACCAGGAUCUGUGGUGACCUGGAUGUGUUCUCGACUUUGCCAGGACAAUCUCAGUGGUGCCACAAGACCCUGUCAGCAGCACUAGGAUCUCUGGUCUACAGUGGAGGGAGAGCUGGUUUCAAACGUUGGCUGUUGAUGCAAUUUAACCAUUUAAUUCCUGUUGCUCUAUAUGUUGUUUUUAAUUUUAAAAAGUCAUAAAAGCUUUCAAUCAA